AUGUUGCCUCUCGUGCUGCUGUCCGUCUUCGGCCUGGCUCGGGGUAUGAACUCCGUGCUUGUCGGCGCUGGCUCCGGUUGCCGCGUGGCCAUGUCUGCUGAUGGCACCAAGAUGGUUGCCGGACCCGACAAUGCCCCUCUUUACAUCAGCACGGACUCGGGUGCAACUUGGACGCAGAGGACUGAGCCCGGCAGCAAGCCCUGGAUGGGCGUGGCCAUGUCUGCUGACGGGUCUAAGAUUUCAACUGCUCCGCGUAGUUCGAACUUUUGGAUCAGCGACAACGGCGGCGACAAUUGGACGGAGAUCUCCUCGCGCAGCGCGUGGACAGCUACCGCAAUGUCGGAUGACGGCUCGAAAAUCGUCGUGACAUCGAGUGAUGCCGACAUUUCAACAAGCGCGGACGGUGGCCAGAAUUGGGUUGAGGAAAGCGGCAUCGCCAUGAGGUUCGGAGACGCAGCUUCGACAGCCAACGGCUCCCUCCUUGUGGUGACGGCCCAAUACUCCAGCUCAUAUUCGAAUGGAGGCGUUUACACCAGCACGGAUUCGGGCGCGACCUGGAUGGAGGCCGCGGCCCCAAACUCAGGAAGCCAAAUGGGUGACAUCGCCCUGUCGGCCGAUGGCAUGAUUCAGGUGCAGAGCGGCAUGCCUUACUUGAGCUCCGACAUGGGCGCGACGUGGACCGAGGUCCUACUUGGCAGUCGCGGCCAGUACACGUGUGAUUCGGCAGCCAUGUCUGACGACGGCUCCAAGAUGUUCGUUUGUUGCACCUUGCAGUCGAGCGGCUUCAAGUAUGCAUGGCUCAGUGGCGAUGGUGGGACGCUCUACGAGAAGACGACUUGGGGGACCGACCCUAGCGUCGAGAUCGAGCUGGAUGGCUGUCAGUCUGCAUUGCUGACGGGGGAUGGGUCGAUGGCCGCGUUUUCGGGUGCGAAAUCCGGCCAGGCGUAUGUGGUUACGUUUGAUCCAGUGUAUCCAACCACCACCGUGACCACCACCGCCACCAUCACGGCUACUACCACGGUUACGGCCACUGCCACCACCACGCUUACGGACACAAUGACAGCCACGGACACCUCCACCGAAACGGUUACGGCCACGAUGACGGUGACGGACACCACCACUGGCACCGUCACCACCACUGGCACCGUCACCACCACUGGCACUGUCACCACCGCCGCCGACACGACCGACCCGACCGACGAGACCACGACCACAAUGGCACCCGUCCCCACCGUCGUUGAAGUUUCCGUGGAGCUCACAGUGGACGACCCCACCGUGAUUACCGAGAACGAGACGUUGAAGGAUGCCAUGGUGGACGGGUUUGCUAGUGCAAUGGGAGUGGAUCCGUCGCUGGUGACGGUCGAGUUUGUGGAAGUCAACGCAUCUCGACGGCUUGGCACAAGGCGGCUCUCCACCACGCUCGUGGCCAUCUUCAAGGUGACCCUCCCCAGUGCGCAAGCAGCCGAGGAAACGAAGGCUGCGAUCGAGCAGGUCUCCGUGGCCGACACCAACACGGCCAUCGCCAAGGCGGUCACGGACGUGGGCUACACCGGCACCGUGGAGGUCACCGGCAAGACGGCGACGGUUGUCACCACCACCAGCACAAGCAGCAACUUGAGCGAUUCAGCCAGUGAUGCGACGUCGAAGGUGGUGACUACGGCCUUUUUGGCAGUCAGCCUCUCUGCAUGCUUCUGA